UCCACUGGGAGAGCUCGACUUGCGAAGAGGUUCGUCAGCUGACACGAAACUCGCUAUACCACUUCCAUUACCGCUCCAUAAAUAUAUCGUUGCUGCUCUUAACGAUACCAUUACUUCCACGCUACCCGCUACCAGCUGCUAUCGCUGCCGUUGCUGUUGGGUUGGUACUCCGCUGCUGUCAGUCGAGCAAGGCGAAUUGUGAAUUGACGCACGCGACUUUAUAACGCGCUGGAGAAAGUACAGGAAUCGCUGGUGCAAGUAGCAGGGGGUCCAACGCAACGAGAGAAGAUAAAUAUUUUCUUGAGAAUUGCAGGAUACGUGCUGUGUUAUUUCGUGAGAGAAUCGCGUGAGGUGAAUUGCGAACUGUGAGCAAGGAUCGCGAGAGAGCCAAGAUCGUUGUUGCUGAUUUGGACAUCCAGGUCCACGGAAGAUACUUCAUUGACAAGUGAAUUAUGACUAACGAGAAGUUUUCAAUGACAAUAAUAAAUAAUUGAAGUUUCCAUAAGAUCGUUAACAGACAGUGUUAACCGAGAGUCGUUGUACGAAGACAGAAUAGCCAGUAGGCGAAGAGUGAUCUAGAAGCUGUACGAGAAUGACAGUACUAAGGAUGACCUCACCGGUGACACCUCCGUCGACAAGUCCAGGUUCACCAAAUCAAGCUCAGGCACCCCAACCUUCAUCCAGACCCACGCACCAGCUGAGUUUCUCAGUCGCGGCUCUUCUGGCCGAUACGAAAAAACCUUCGGACACAUCAUCAAGGCACAGUGGGUCCUCGACGUCACCCAGAUCAUCACCAGUUACUUCGUACACUCCUCUGCAUCAGCAACCAAUUCUCAGAACACCGCCACUGCCUACCAACUUAUCAAAGUACCCCAGUGAUCUUAGAACGACCAGGUACAACCUGACGGAAUCGCCAAGAUCAUCCUACGUGCCAUCGGAGUCAUCCAGGAGCCUGGCCGAGCAGAGGACCCCGUUGAAGUUCUCCGAGACCAGUGACUUCAGCAAGUCACUCCUGCACAAUGGCGAGAUGAGGAAUUCACUGUCGCCGAAGCAUCCGGCUGAUCUUCGUAUCCAGGAGUUUGGUUCGCAGUCGCCGAGAAGCUCCCACGAGGAAGCCAGGUCCAGGUGCUCCGAGGGCGAAGCUGAGCCUGAUAUGGAGGACGAGGACGAUAGUCUGGUCGACGUCGAGGAUCUUCAACAUGGUACCAGUCCCACGCCGGUGAGACCAACCCCUGCCUACAUCUCUGGAUUUCCGAAUUUGGGCACGAUCUCGGGUAUUCCAGCCAGUCUUCAUCCAGCUGUUUGGGGAGGUCAUCAAUCUGCGGCCGCUGCAGUUGGCUUCUUCCCGUCACAUUUCACUCACCAUGCACCUUUGAAUGAAAACGGCGAACCCGCCAAGAUCAAGUGCAACCUACGGAAGCACAAGCCAAAUCGGAAGCCAAGGACUCCCUUUACGACCCAGCAAUUGCUGUCGCUGGAGAAGAAAUUCCGAGAGCGACAGUAUCUCAGUGUAGCCGAGAGAGCGGAAUUCUCGUCAUCUCUUCAUCUCACGGAAACUCAGGUCAAAAUCUGGUUUCAAAAUAGGCGCGCAAAGGCGAAGCGUCUUCAGGAAGCGGAAAUAGAGAAAUUGCGAAUGUCUGCGGUCAGGCAGCAUCACACUGCUCUAUAUGGAUCACAUCAUGCAUUGUUGACUCCAGCAGGACUCUAUCCGGUUGGAAUGCUACCUCAUCCUGGAUUAUCACCGCAUCAUUCCAUUCCUCAGCAUCCUUCCAGGGAAUGAAUCGACAUUCGUGAUGGGAAUGAUGAUCCCAAGGAACGAUAGAACCAAGUGGCUCUGGUAUCCAGACCAGAAGUCAUUUUUCUUGCGGAAGUGAAAAAUCGAAGCGAAGAAAUAAGGAGCCUCUCCGGCUGGCAAUUAAUUAAGGAGUACAAUGCAGAAAAUUGUGCCGCGUGAUUACUAAGGAUAAAAAUGCAUUAUCCCAAAUGGGAGCAAGAUCCUAAUACGUAAUCGAUCGACAGAUCAGCAAAAGCAGAAUCAGUGUAAAUAACGUGUAAAUAAUUAAUCUCUCGUUUACGAGACAGUGUAAAUACGCGAUUUACUAUGUAACGUGUACAGUACAUUUAUAAUACAUACAUGUAUCCAUAUACGUGCAUAUAAACAUGUGCCAAUGCUCUCGGGUUUCGUAAUACGCGAAACCCGCAACGAUUUCUUUUGAUUUUUGUAUAAAUGUAAAACAGUCACUAGGAGAUUAUCAGAGUCUAUUUAAUAAAUUCUAAGGUAACCGAGGA